UUCCGGUAAAAGGAGUCUCUCAAGGCUCGCGACAAAAUGGCGACAAUGACAGCCUUGACUGCUAUUCUGUCCGUUCUUUCUACUAUAACGCUAUUAUGUACACAGUUUGGCGAAUGCAACAAUGGUCGAAGGUCAGGAGAUGGUGUGGACACAGAGUUUAGCGGAUUUUCUGUGCCACUCGAGCACUCCUUUGAAGUGGAUGAUGUCCCCAGAUUUCGCCUUCGUGGUGCUCUACAGUUCAGGGGUGGAAGAGAGAGCACUGUGCAUCUCUCGCAAAACCAGCUCUCUGAGAAAGAUAUGAAUACACUGAAGGAUGUGGCAGCAGUUGAUGGCUUAUACAGGAUCCGAGUCCCUAGAGUAAAUCUGCAGGCAGACCGGCAGACAGAGAAACAAUCUGAUGGUUACCUUACUGCAUUCGUCAGAGCUUGUUCAUUAGUGGAGUCCCAUCUCAGUGAUGUCAUCACUCUUCACACUGAUGUCAGCGGAUAUGUUAUCGGUAUUUCCAUAGUGACAGUCCCCGGCUCAUGUCGUGGGAUAGAGGUGGAAGAUGAAGUUGACCUGGAAGUCUUUAACACAACUAUAAGCGUUGUGGCACCAGUCAAUGCACCUGGACCUGAAACGGCACCUUUCAUUGAGAGGAUGGAACAGGAAAUGGAAAAGAAAGGAAAAAACCCACAAGAGCAGAAAUCUUUCUUUGCUAAAUAUUGGUAUUUGAUUCUGGGAGGUGCAGUGUUCCUCAUGGCCACCAAUUCAGCACAAACCCCACCAGGGGGCGCCAGAGAGCAGAGCUGAUUUCCAUUCAUUUCAAUGGAUGUAUAUCGUCCCGCUUGUUCUUUUCCUGAUGAUGUCCGGAGCUCAGGAUCAGUCUGGAGGCGGAGCCGGAGGAGGUGCAGCCAAUGGUGGAGGGCGAUAAUUUCCACAGCAACCAAUACUCAUGUGAUGUACAUAAUAAUUUAAAAAUAACACGCGUACAUGCAGAAACGAAGGAUUGUUUUUUAGAGAAAUAUUGUUAACUUAUAACUGCAUUCUUGGAUUUCAUUUGUACUACUGAUUUAAUAAAACAUUUGAUGACUAUUUAAAGUUAUCACUACAGUUA